AAAACCUCUGAGAAAGGGAAAAAAAAGAGAAAAAAAUAGAAGAAUAAUUUUGCAGCAUUGAACGCUGCCGCUUUCAUUGCAGUGUGCACAGCAUCAGAUUGUAAGAUGAUUUGAUUGGUGAUGUUCUCCAUCAAGACUUCUAUUCUAACCAUGGUGUCAUGAUGAAGGCAGGCACACCAUAUCAGCGGCUAUGCUGAUUAAAGAAUACCACAUUCCACUGCCGAUGAGCGUGGAGGACUACCGCAUUGCCCAGCUUUAUAUGAUACAGAAAAAAAGUCGUGAAGAAAGUGAAGGUGCCGGUAGUGGAGUAGAGAUUAUUGAAAACAAGCCCUACACCGAUGGACCGGGAGGCAGUGGCCAGUAUACAUACAAGAUAUAUCACAUUGGAAGUCAUUUACCUGGCUGGUUCCGGGCUAUUCUUCCCAAGUCAGCUCUGCGGGUGGAAGAAGAAGCAUGGAAUGCAUAUCCAUAUACCAAAACCAAAUAUCGCUGCCCAUUUGUGGAAAAGUUUCUUUUGGAGAUCGAGACAAAGUAUUUAAGUGAUGGAGGUGAGACAGAAAAUGUCUUCAAUAUGUCUCCUGACGAUAAAAGACAGAGAAUACUGGACGUAAUUGAUAUUGUGAACGAUCCAAUAUCGAGUACAGAUUAUAGGAAGGAAGAAGACCCCAAACUGUAUCGGUCGUCUAAAACUGGCCGAGGUCCACUGAAGGACAACUGGUUGGAAGAGUACAGCCAGGCUUGUAAAGACCCCAAGAAUGAUUCCAAAGUCAUCAUGACAGCCUACAAACUCUGCAAAGUGGAGUUCCGAUAUUGGGGAAUGCAGAACAAGAUUGAAAAAUUUAUACACGACACAGCCUUGCGUAAAACGAUGCUGCGUGCACACCGACAGGCGUGGUGCUGGCAGGAUGAAUGGCACGGACUCAAUCUGAAUGACAUCCGGCGUCUGGAACUCGAGACCCAGCUGGCACUGCAGCAGAAGAUGGCAAACGCUGUGGCCGAGGAAGAGUCGCUGAUCGGCGAAAGCAAACGAGGAAGCAUCAAGGGAGAUAACACUGUUCACUUCGCAGACACUUGUGGUUCUGGUCCUGAUGAAACUGCUCAAACCAAUUCAAAGGUGCUUUGUGAUGGAGCAAGUCCAUUGGAGAGUAGCUCAAAUACAUUAGUUAAUACCCAGAGCUCCGAUUCUUUAAGAAGGAUAUCUGUCGGGUCCAACAGGUCAAAGUCGCUGGGAGGCUCUAGUCGAGAUGUGUCAGACUGGAGACUGGACAGUCUGGAGCAGCUCCAAGAGUCGAGCUCUGAUGAAGAAGAGUUCUUUGAUGCUCAAGAGGCUGUUGAGAGGGAGAGGAAAAUGAGCGGCGCUCACCAUCUCGUCCGAACGUCGUCCAUGGAGAUGAUCUCAAGUGGAGAUGAAUACGCCGAUGCAGUCGAAGGUUCAGCAAGUCUUGAUGAUUCUAACUUUGGACGACGCGUGGAAGAGUUUCGUCAGAUGUACAGCGUAGACACGUCCUUACCAGGUGGAAUAGAAACGACCCCACCAUCUUCUGCAUCUGCCUGUCCAACAAAGUUUCUCUUUCUUGUUAUGCAUGGAGGUAGUGUGUUGGACACCGGGAAAGACACAGCCAAGCGCAGUGACUUCAACACUCUGAAGUCGACCUUUGACACUGUGAUCAAUUCUCACUACAAUUCUGCUUCUGGCCAUAUUGCAUUCCGUCUUGUAACCUGCCCUUCCGUCUGCUGUGACACAUUGUCUAUUUUGUCAAGCCUAAGUCCAUACAGUUUUGAUACUCACAGUGCUGAAACUUGUUUAGCUAGAACGCAGUCAUUUGUUCCUCUUGGUGCCAUUGCCCUGUUUGCUUCGUCCAGUGCCGACUAUCAGGAGCAUGUUAAUGAGCUUGUCGCCCAGUCUAACAAGGUGUUCCAGGACUUUCUUUCAUCAGAGGAAGGAAGAGGAUUUACUGGACAGGUGUGUAUCGUUGCUGAUUGUGCGGGAUCACUUCUAACAUAUGAUGCACUAACUGGCUCCAGUCACACUCAGCUGACUCGUGGUCCUAGUCGCUACGGCAGUCACAGCAGCCUGGACGACCAUUCCAGCGAGCAGAAACCAUCCAGUACGGAUCUCACAGACAACACUAAGCAGUUGAGUCACAGCGAUCCAGAUCUGAACAGAGAGCUUCUUCCAAAUAUCAAGAAACGAACGGAGCGAAGUAAAAGUGAGACUGCGCAGCAUGAGAGUGUCAGUCGCGAGAGGCAUGAGUCCGGUCACAAUUCUGCCCGCUUGAGUGUCCACGAGCACGGAUCGUCCAGGCGAACAAGUAGUGGCAGUCACAUGGAUGGUGCUGUGUCCAGAUUUGAAUUUGACGUGUCAGACUUUUUCAUGUUAGGAUCUCCACUGGGUCUUGUCCUGGCUUACAGACGUCUGUUCUCCGGAGAUGUUUCAAAUCCCCCUCUCAGACCAGCCUGUCAUCAGGUGUACAAUAUGUUCCACUCCAGUGACCCCAUUGCCAUUCGACUGGAACCACUCAUACAGAUCGGCUUUAGACAUAUAGCACCAAUAAAAAUUUCGAGAUACAGCAAAUUCCCUCUUGGCGAUGUAGAAACAAUUCAUGUUGUUGAAACGAUUCAGAACCACCUGUCGCUGUUCAGUGACAACCGACGCCACUCUUCAUCCCCAGUCCACUCAACCAUGCAGCGGCGAUGCAGUGGAUCCAGCAUCAACAGUGCAACAUCUGGUGUGGGAGAAACCACUGUGGCAACCAUUACUAAUGUGACAGGUCACUGGUGGGGCAUGAAGAGAAUCGAUUGUGUGUUGUAUUGUCCUGAAGUUCUUCAUUCUUUCCCAACCAAUGCUUUACCUCACCUCUUUCAUGCCAGCUUCUGGGAGUCCACAGAUGCUGUGGCAUUCAUAUUGAGACAGAUUGUUCGGAAUGAUAUGGUAUCCAGUGAUGCAGAAAGAACUACUAGAGGUGGUGUAUCAAACUUCACAAUUACUCAGCCGAGGGAAAAGUGGCUCAAACGGAGAACAACAAUCAAAGUCAGGAAUCUUCAGUCAAACCACCGAGCAAAUGAUGUCAUAGUCCUGGAGGACAAACCACAGGUGCUUUCAGCCAAGUUUAUGUAUGGUUCACUUGAUAUCAGCUCACUCUCUGGGGAAAAGGUUGAUAUCCACAUGAUGUGUCAGCCGCCAUCCGGGGAAUGGAUUCACAUGGGAACCGAGAUCACAGACGGACACGGUCGACUUACGUUUGAGAUCCCAAUGGAGAAGCGUCUCAGUCAGGGAAUGCACCCAGUCAAGAUGGUGGUCAGAGGGGAUCACACAUCCUGUGAUUUCUACUUAACUGUGUUACCACCGAAGACAGAGACUGUUAUUUUCAGUGUGGAUGGAUCGUUUACUGCAAGUGUCAGCAUCAUGGGCAAAGAUCCUAAAGUGCGAGCAGGGGCUGUUGAUGUUGUCAGACACUGGCAGGAACUGGGCUAUCUGAUCCUGUACGUGACGGCCCGACCGGACAUGCAGCACAAUAAGGUGGUGGCGUGGCUGGCCCAGCAUAACUUUCCUCACGGCAUGGUCUCCUUCAUGGACGGGUUGUCCAAGGACCCUCUCCGACAGAAGCUCAACUACCUGAAGAACCUACAGACUGAGGCGAAAGUGGUUUUUAAAACAGCAUAUGGUUCCAGUAAGGAUAUUGUACUCUACAAAGAACUCGGAAUUACAUCGACUAAUAUUUUUAUUGUGGGCAAGGCUUCAAGGAAACAGCAUUCACAGGCACAGAUACUGUCUGAUGGUUACGCGGCUCACCUCAGUGACCUGCUGUCUCCAGGCUUUUCCGUACCUGCCGUGGGCAAUGCCAGGAUGUUUUUGCGACGCAGCUGUUUCCGUUUGCCACGACAGACUGAUACCCGCAAACUGACCAAGCGGGCCGCGUCGUAUCCCAGUCACAGUUCAAGUGGAGGCGCCGAGUUUAUCCGUGAUGUCAUGACCUCCACCAAGAUAACGGUGACCGACACAGAGUCCCCGUCGCAAGAAGAGACCCAGCCAAAACGAACAUCGUGUUGUAGAGGAGAAACCGCCGUUUAAAGAAAACUUAUUUUUAUGUGUAGAGACGCAGCCAUGCCAGUCCAUGCUCUAUGUUUUAUAGCAGAGAAUAUGUUUUGUAAGAUGCCCAUAGAUUUUUAAAUAUCAUGUUUUGACAUAGCUUUAAAAUUGAUGGAACUGAAAGCCCCCAUGAUUAUGUGUGUCUGUGUAGCUAAAAUAUUGUGAUACCUUCUUGUUUCUUUUUGGUUUUGUUAUAGUUAUAUUAAUUUGUGUACAAUACUAAUAACAAAUGGAAAUAUUGAUUGUAUUUUAAUUUUGUUUCAAUUAAUGUGGAGUAGAUAGUAAAUAGCCAGAGAAGUGUGGUACCCUGUUUUAUUACAUACCUCUUCAGUCUUUCUUUAGUAACAAAGGCAUGUUUUAAUUGGCAUUUAUUAGAUGUGUCAAAAAAGUUAAUUGUUUUAAGGGGAAUCCCCAUUCUUAAUACUGUUACUGUAAUAGCGUUCUGUGAUCUGCAAUCUAGAUGGGGAUGCUGCAAGACAUAUUUUAAGUACAUGUUAAAAAUGCCAACAAAAUACACACACACACACACACACACACACACAUACACACACAAACAAACCACCCUUCUUAAUGAUGUGGUAAAGUUUCAAGACAAAAUAAUGUUACAAUGCAAUCUGUUAUGUUAAUGACUACCUGGGGAUGUUAUAGGACAAUAUUUUAUGUAAAUUACAGGGAGAAUUUUUUUUUAAAUAACAAAAACAGUAACACUUCUAAAAACAACUUCAGUGUACCCUAAUUUACUGACAUGUCACUGAUAAAUUUCAAAACAUGGAUCUUAUCUCUCCCCCCCCCCCCCCCCCCCAUC